UGGAAGACAGGAAUUUUGAGUUCGACGCUGAAAAGAUGAAUUUUAAAAUCGUCGCAGUUUUUUGCCUCCUUUUUGCUUUAAACUUGGUCACAGCAUAUGACUAUAAUGGUCAGUUAGAUGACAAUGUCAAAGAAGAAAAUGAUGAAUUAAAUGAAAAUGACGAAGUCAGUCAAACUGAUAUAAAACCAGCUGAAAGUGAUGUCGCUGAUGAGAAGAGCAUUCAAAGUGACAUUACAGAUCUUGCUCAACGUGAUGCAGAAGCUUUACAUAAGAAAAAAGGAUUUUGUCAUUGGGGAAUUAAAGCUUGGUACAAACCUGGAGUUCAGAUUCGUUGUAAAUGUAUGAAAUGUACAUGUCGACCAAAAGGAAUUUGGGACUGUAAAUAUAAUUUUGCUUACUGUCCUUACUAUUAUUGUGGUAACGAAAUCUUCAAUCCAGAUAAACAGAUAUGUUGUUGUGGCAAAGUUUACAACAAGAGAAGAUCCUACCAAUGCUGUGGUUACUUUUACUACAAUACUCGUUAUUCUAAAUGUUGUAAACACGACACUGUUAAACCAAAGAAAAUUGCUUGUCCACGUCACAAAAUUUAAGAAGCUGGUCCUUCCAAUUUCAUCUUAUCUUUUUCAGUAAUGCAGUUAGAUACAAAUAUCUGACAUUUUGUUAAUGAGUAGUUUUUAGAAAUGAUUUAUACUGAAUGUAUUUUGUGCAAAUUUUGAAAACUUUUAAAUAAAGUGUUUUGACGGA